AUGGAAGCCAUCAUGAAGCAAGUCAAACACCAGUUCAGACAAAAAGAAGAACAAGAAGCAUCAUUAAUCAGACAGCUUGAAGUAGUCAAACGUGAAAAAGAGCAACUACAACAAACAAUACAAAUUCUAUCAUCUUAUUCAGCAUUUAAAGAAGAAGCAGCCAGCAGCUUAACAACAAAGCAACCAAAAGAAGAAAUUCAAGAAAUAUCAUCCGAUGAAAGUCAACCACAAAUAGCACUCGAAAUAGAAAAACAAACCAUGACGCCAAACCAGGAGGAGUAUCCACCACUACAAGCAGAUUAUAAAAAUAUAAAGAAAUGGUACGUAAUUUUCAACGGAGAAAACAAAGGAGUAUAUGACGAUUAG